AUGCGCAAAGUGUCAGAGGGACAGAUGAUGCGUCCCAACAGGAAGACUAAUGGCAGCGGCGUUCAGGCCCAGGAAACGAGAAUCUGUGUUGUUAUGGUCGGCCUCCCGGCCAGAGGAAAGAGCUUGAUAGCUCAGAAAGUUGUUCGCUACCUCCGCUGGCUCUCGAUUGACGCAAAAACCUUCAACGUAGGCCAAUACCGCCGAACAAAUACCCCCAAUCCUUCCGCAGAGUUUUUCGACACGAGCAAUGCAGAGGGCGAAAGAAUGCGCAGAGCUGCUGCCGAGGCUGCUGUGGCCGACAUGCUGAAGUGGUUCGACAACGGUGAGGGCCUUGUUGCUGUCCUUGAUGCCACUAACUCCACAAAAUCGAGAAGACGAUGGAUUCAAGACCAAUGCGAUGCUGCCAACGUUCAGACAAUGUUUGUCGAGUCGAAAUGCGACGACGAGGAGCUUGUCAUGUCCAACAUCAAGGAAGUCAAGACCACCUCUCCUGACUAUGUAGGACAAGAUCCUGAGGUCGCUGCACAAGACUUCAGAAAGAGAAUCAGAAACUACGAAAAGGUGUACGAGACUUUGGAUGAAGACGAGGCCGACCUCACAUACUGCAAGCUGAUUGAUGUUGGACACCAAGUCAUCAUCAACAAGAUCAAGGAUUAUCUUCAGUCCAGAGUGGUUUACUACCUGAUGAACCUGCACAUCAAACCUCGUUCCAUCUGGCUGUCACGACACGGCGAAUCAGAGUACAACUUGACUGGCAAGAUUGGUGGGGACGCCAACAUCAGCGAGAGAGGGCAGAUGUAUGCUCAGAAACUGCCCGAGAUCGUCAAACAAUCUGCUGGCGAUCUGGAACUCACCGUGUGGACGUCGACACUGAAGAGAACCAUUCAGACCUCGAGAUAUCUGCCUUUCGAAAAAUUGUCAUGGAAGGCAUUGGACGAACUGGACUCUGGCGUGUGCGACAGCUUAACAUAUGCGGAGAUCGAAGAACAGUUUCCGGCAGACUUCAAGUCUCGUGACGAGGACAAGUACAAUUAUCGUUACCUGGGUGGUGAGAGCUACAGAGAUGUGGUCAUCCGCCUGGAGCCCAUCAUCAUGGAGCUGGAGCGUAGCGAAAACAUUCUUAUCGUAACGCAUCAGGCAGUGCUGAGAUGCAUCUAUGCUUACUUUAUGGGCGUGGACCAGGCUAAGAGUCCUUGGAUGGAGGUCCCUCUGCACACGCUGAUCAAACUUUCGCCCAGAGCAUACGGCACGCAAGAGGAGAGAUACUCGGCAAAGAUUCCUGCGGUCAGUACGUGGCGUGGAAAGGGAUCUAGUGCUCAGCACCAGGAUCCGGGUCCUGGUGAAGGUACGGUCGAUAUUGAAGUGAACGGAAAGCCUGUGAAAUAA